AUGGUGAAGGAUCGGCACUAUUAUGAUUUACUCGGUGUUUCUCCAGAAGGAUCUGCAUCGGACAUUCGCAAGGCAUACUACUUGAAAGCAAUGAAAUACCAUCCAGAUAAAAACAAAGAUGAUCCAACGGCAGAAUCCAGAUUUAAAGAAAUAUCGGAAGCAUAUCAAGUUCUAUCAGAUGCUACCCUCCGAGCAAGAUACGACCAAUUAGGCCCUGCAUCAGCAUGCCCAGAAGCAGGAUUUAUCUCUCCCGAGCAAAUCUUUAAAAUGUUAUUUGGCGGAGACAGGUUCCAUACGCUAAUUGGUGACAUUUCGCUGGGAAGGCUUCUUUCUGAGAUGGCCACCAGCGAUGAUCAAAAUUCGAAUACAGAGGAGAUUCGAGAAAAAAUAAUUUCUGAAAAAUCACAAAAAAUACAAGAAGAAAGAAUAGAAAUGCUCUUAUCAGCACUGAUCUCAAAAACUUCUCUUCUUAUCGACGGAGUGUAUACAGAACAAGCCUUUACAGAGCUUCUCAAGGAGGAAGCGAAGGAUCUUUCCAAGGAAUCAUAUGGAGUCUCUUUACUCCGUUCAAUUGGUUAUGUUUACAGUACGCGCGCUAGACUUUAUCUUGGGAAAUCCUCGUGGUUUGGGCUCCCUGGGCUUUUUAUUUCCAUUAAAGAAAAGGGACACAUCAUCGGAUCGCUUGUUGAAACCAUUGGAGCGGUGCGGGAGGUCUCCAAGGAGCCGAUCAAAGAUUCGCCAGACUCCGAAGAAAAAAUAAAAAGGGCCAUGUGGAAAGCGACAAGCUUCGAAAUUCAGGCAACACUACGCGAAGUGUGUGAUCGAUUCCUUCACCCGCAAUCGGAGAUGCCGCGAAGGGCAGCUGCAGAAUUCUCUACCAGGCGGGCCCAAGUUCUCAAACUUAUUGGCGAUACAUUCCGAAUGGUUCAUGAAUAA